AAAAUUACGUAGCCGCACUGCGUUCACAUUUCAUCUUUACUUUAAUCUUUAACACUAUGAUUCAGUACCAUCUGCUAAGGCUGUUAAAAUAUGGAUUUCUAACUUCGAAAAAAUGUGCUCCUGAAAGAAACCUGUACGAAAAAAACGAUUCGUCCACUUAAAAAUAUAACACCUUUGGAAGUGAUACACCGUAUAAUGGAAAAUAUACAAAGUAGGUUAGAGAAGAGAUGGCCAUCAUCUUGAAAACAUGAUUUAAAAAAAAUAAAUGACUCAAGUGUUCAGAAAGUUGUCUUCUCAUUUGUGCUACCUUACUUUUCUCAACAAGUACACAUAUUCACUACUACAAAUCUGACUUUUUAUGCCUGUGGUAAUAUGCAUAAUAUUAUUAAAAGUUGCAAAAGUCAAUUGUAAAUGGAAAACAUCAGCACCCUCGAUACACAGCAGUCGCGUGCGACCAAUUACAGAAGGUUUUACCAGUUCUUGCGCCGUUGUCGAAGAAGGCGUUCCAGUGUGCCAAGAUCCCGAGGAAGCUGACGAGAAUUUUCAUAUGCUAUCCGCGACGCGAACGCCGUACCCGGAUAACUGGUUCGACGGGAUUCGGGACGAUUGGAAAUCCACAGCGGGAGGCAGUAGUCGUCCUUUAAGCUGGUGGUGGCGUUUCGUCAGUGAACUGAAACGGAAUCUCCAGAAAAAAGACAAAGUUUCGUCGACGACGAUAACUGCACUUCGGAAAGACGCAACCCCGCUACCGGAAACAAUAGUCACGUAUUCGAUUAAGGGUUGCAGCCCCACGGUAGUGCCGUUCGAUUUGUCGGCUUGCAGCAACUUACCACCGGAUGCGCUGCAGUAUGUCAGUACCACACGAGUAAUCUACUACGUGCCACCGUCGUCGCGGAUUGACAGAUACGACCAAUCCGAUUUUGACCCAUGAUUGAUGUCUGUGAAUCAUAACAUAAUUUAUUAAUAAUAUUAAAAUUACUUUUACCGAAUAUACUAUAAUACAGUUAUUUGAUAACAUU